AUGUACCUACUCAUGGAAAAUCAGCAUCGUUCCGUUCCCUGCUUUGUCAGAAUUGUAUAUGCAAAUGCUUUUUACAUUUGUUGUGGUGUGGCUUUCAUGACACUAGCUGUUGUUAGUUAUGAGCGAUUGAUUGCAGUUCGACUUCAGGUGAGGUACAAUGCUGUGUUCUCCUCAAGUCGUAUUCUGAGGUAUAUGGCAUUUAUCUGGAUACUCAACAUUCUUUUUAUAAGUUUGCAGUGGGUUGUGGUAAAGCAGGUUUCAAGAGGUAUACAUUUGAUAGCUUGGUUCAUUUGUCUUCUCGUAGCUGCAGUAUCAAACAUUGGAAUCAUUUUGAGUUUACGACAACAUUCCCGACGCGUGCAACCCGCCAGUCGUCAUCCAUCUCAAAGAAACCAGAGCAAGCAAAGAAUAUUUAGAUAA